AUGCCAUUACAUCUCCUCGGCAAGAAAUCAUGGAACGUCUUCAAUCCGGACAACAUCGCGCGUGUCCGCCGCGACGAAGAGCAAGCGAAAGCUCGAGAGGAAGAGGAGGAGAGACGCAUGCAAGAAGUCGAUGCCGAACGUCGGAUACAAAUUCUACGCGGCGACCGUCCUCCUAGUCUGUCACCCCCACGUCUCUCUACACCCGGCGAAGUUCCCAAGUCGGAACAUAGGCGAUCAGAAGCGGAUUAUGGCACACAGAGGCAUAAGAAACGGCGAAGGAUUACAGGAGAAGAUGAUACGGACAGAGAUAUCAGAUUUGCCAAAGAAGAGGCUGCUCAAUAUGGCGCGAAAAGGGAUGAUUUACUCUCGUCUCACCGCGAAUGGAAAGGGCGCGAUGAACAUAUUUCGAUAACAGAUAGUGCUGGCCACAUCAACCUUUUUACUGAGGAUAUGACAAAAAAUCAGCGAGCUGAGAAGAAUGUGGAAGCGGAAGCCGAAAAGCAUAAGAAACAACGCGCCUUUGAAGAUCAGUAUACAAUGCGCCUUUCGAAUGCCGCUGGAUUCAAAGAGUCUGCCGGUAAGACGCCUUGGUACUCCACAGGGCCUACCGAGGAGGUAAAUGCCUCCAAUGCAAUGCGAAAUACUGAUGUUUGGGGGAAUGAGGAUCCUUUGAGGCAAGAGCGGGAAAGGGCCCGUAUCGACGCGAAUGAUCCCCUGGCAGCGAUGAAGGCUGGUGUUCGCGGACUCAAAAACGCCCAAAAAGAGCGGAAAGAGUGGCAAAGACAUAGAUUACAUGAACUUGAAGAUCUGGAAAGAGCCACCAGAUCGGAAUCUAGACAACGAAGACGGCGAAGAUCGCAUUCUCGAGACUCCUUCAAUAGCCUGGAAGGAUUUUCACUUGAUCGCAACAACGCUAGGCACUUAACAGCGGAAUUACCAAAGCUGAUUAACGCGAGUGUGGGCAAUGUUCUUCGUGAGGCCUCGCAACCUUUCAGGCAAAUUGACGCAUGGGUCGGACUAUGUAUUCCCCAGGACUGGUGA